CCCACCCCGUGGUGCCUCGACCUAAACUGUGUCGAGAAUAAAAGUAGCCGUUCUUUCUGUGCUUCUGUUUUGGAGUGAAAGACAGGCGGAACUAGGAGAGAGUUAGUGCUCUUGUUUCUUUCUCAACCGUGUGCGAGGUGUACUCCAACAUGCAGCUGCUAAAGGGAAAUCAAUCAACCAUGGCCUACGUAAGCAGACUGCUACUUCUGCUCACCCUCGCACACAGCACCAGUGUCACAGUGGCCGAGUACGACCACACCUGUAACGUGUUGAGUAGGCCGCAUCGUAAUGGCAGGUGUGGACGCCUACUGGUAGACACUGUCAACCUGCUGUGUAACUCCUUCUCGGGACUGUUGGUGAAGAGAGAUACCACAGAGAGAGUAAACGAGAACCUUAAGCACAUUCUCCUGAACAAAAAAGAAGCCCUGUCCUAUCUGACAAAGCGUGAGACGCGGGGCUCCAUCGUGUGUGAGUGCUGCUAUCACACCUGUACCAUCUCCGAGCUCCUCAAGUAUUGCAGCUAUGAUGUGUACAACAGCAAACAUGCAGCCGCCUACCGGAGCAGUCAUCAGGGCCAAUAACUUGUGUUGUCUCCAAGUGUCUGUUGGUGUUAGAGAGUGUUGAUGAUCUGCGAGAUUAUGUGUCGAUUGUGUCUCACAUUUAGAAGAACCACACAGUGCUUAGAAAUUGUUUCUGUUUGAUUAUUUAUUACACUUGUCAUAUUGUAACGAAAGAGACGACGCUGUUAUUUCCUGUUUAAAUACUUAUCUUUUCUUAUAUAAUACAGACGUUACUUCAAAAAAGAAGAUGAUUACGUCCUACGGGUCAUGCAUUCAGUCAUGCAUAAUAACCAAUGACUUUUGGUCACACAUCUGUGUAACUACGCUAAGAGUCCAAAUAUUAUGAUAAUUUUUAAAAAAAAGAGUUUAAAUUAACUUUAUGUAGUAGGCUAAUAUGUGUAGCAUAAGCCGCUUGGUUACCUAGCAAGAGGGCUCGAGUUUAAAUCUUGAUUCAGAUUAGAAAUGUUUGAGAUUCAACUAGAAUUGAGUUGUGUUUGUUGGACUUCAAAGGCAGUACUGAAACCAUCUCCCAGACUACCGACGUCUACAACAUGUUCAUGAAGAUAUUGGAGCAGAGGACACUAAACUUGGGUUCGAAUCUCGAUGUAGACUAGAUUUAACUAGAACUGAGUUGUGUUUGCUGAGCGCUCAAUGGCAGUAGGCCUGCUGAAACCUGUUAGGAAUUGGGUUCCACGAGAUAAUAAUUAGCAGAAACGGUCGUUUAACGCAGUGUUUCCCAAACUUUUGACCUAUGUGUACCCCUUUUAUAACUUUUGUAAUGCUGAGUACUCCUCACCCCCCACCACACUUUAAUUUAUUAACAGAACAUGAUAAAUGGGUAUUUUAAAAAAUCAGCAUAGUUAAUGAGAUGCAACGCGUUUCCCGUACCUUUGGGGGUAAGCGUACCCCACUUUGGGAAACACUGGUUUAACGAAUAGUUGGUUAGAUCAAGAAAAAGGCAUUUUUCUUAGAUAGCAACUGACAUCAAAUCGCGCGCAUCAGUACACUGAUUUCUUAUCUUAUAUAAUGCAGACGUUACUUCAAAAAAGAAGAUGCUUACGUCCCACGCGUCAUGCAUUUAGUUAUGCAUGUUUCUCUAAGUCUCAAUGACUUAAAUUCUGCCAAGUCACUGGUUUACCUGAAUGGCUCAUCUGACAAGCAUAGUAGGUCUGAUAUAUUUAAUAUAUAUAUUAUUUAUUCCAGCUAAAAAUAAAGUGAAACAUUUAAAGUUGUCUUCCAUUACAACUGUAACUUAAAGCACAAUCUUGAACACAAUCAGUACAGUAGAAUCUAUAACAAACAUUUAGAACACAAACUAGUCAAUCUAGACUAGUGUCAAGGAAGAGAAGAAUUCCCUUCUAAUAAGAAUUUCGUCUCAUGAUGUACAUUUAGACAAUGUUAUAUCUUUGUACUGAAGUUAAAUAUUGACUUUAUGUCAUCUUCAGUUUUCUUUCCGAUAUUUGCCUCUAAUUAAUUGUUGUAUUUCUUUUGUAAGGACCUAUGCAGCUCUUAAGUCUGUCUCUGGUCUGUGGAGUUUGUGCAAUUGGUGUAUGUGUUUUCCUCUUCUUUUUUUUUAACAGUCCGCCAAAAUUGCAAGUUUUCAUGUUUCUGUUUGGUUCUGGUUGACUUUUCUCUCAAAGUCUGACUUUGUGGUUUAAUACAAUGUUAAAAUUUUUUAUAAAACCGUUUUUUUUUAAUGAAAAUAAUUUCUAAACUACAAAAUAAAAAAAAAUCUUGAUGUAAUGUCGAAACAGAAAAAAAAAAGAAAUAAAAGAAUAGACACCUUA